CCUCUGGAGCAGAACUCCUGAGGCUGAGGACGGAGCUCCAUGGCCCAGCCGAGCCCGUGCCGGCUCCUUUCGGCUCCGCUGCAAUUCCUGCACUUCCCAGUCAGCAGAGGCUCUGUGGGAUCCUUCUCCUCAGGAACCUGCCCAGGAACCUGCCCCUGUGCCCCUCAGCUGGUGUAUCCCCACGACUUCCGGCUCACCGAGAAGGAGAAAACGAGCAUUUGCUACCUGUCCUUCCCAGACUCCUACUCAGGUGGCCUCGGGGACACCCAGUUCAGCUUCCGGCUGCGCCAGGCGGGGGGGCCCCGCAGUUCCCCGUUCCAGGAUGACGGGAGGUACAACCGGGAGGCCCCGCUGAUGCUGCAGCGAGAGGCCGCUCACUAUUUCGGGUACGUGUACUUCCGGCAGGUCAAGGACAGCUCCAUGAGGAGGGGCUACUUCCAGAAGUCCCUGGUGCUCGUGUCCCGCCUUCCCUACGUGAACCUGUUCCAGUGCCUGCUGCAGCUCAUUGCUCCGGAAUACUUCGACAAGCUGGAGCCCUGCCUGGAGGCAGUGUGCAACGAGAUCGACCAGUGGCCCCCGCCGGUGCCAGGCCAGACCCUGAACUUGCCCGUGAUGGGAGUUGUCAUCCAGGUGAGGAUCCCGUCCCGGGUGGACAAGCCAGGCUCCAGCCCCGUGAAGCAGUGCAACCAGGAGAAUCUGUUGCCAGCCCCCCUGGUUCUCCCCAGUGUUCAUGAACUGGAUCUGUUCAGGUGCUUCCAGCCGGUGCUGAUCCAUAUCCAGAUGCUGUGGGAGCUGAUGCUGCUGGGGGAGCCCAUGGUGGUGAUGGCACCGUCCCCAACCAUGUCCUCAGAGAUGGUCCUGGCCCUCACCAGCUGCCUGGCCCCGCUGCGCUACUGCUGCGACUUCCGGCCCUACUUCACCAUCCACGACAGCGAGUUCAAGGAAUACACCACCCGCACCCAGGCCCCGCCCAAUAUCGUCGUGGGCGUCACCAACCCCUUCUUCAUCAAGACCCUGCAGCACUGGCCGCACAUCCUGCGGGUGGGAGAGCUGCGGAUGUCGGGUGACCUGCCCAAGCAGGUGAAGGUGAAGAAACUGGCCAAGCUGAAAACCCUGGACACCAAACCAGGAAUCUACACUUCCUAUAAAACAUUCCUUCACAAAGACAAAACCCUGAUAAAAAGGCUACUAAAGGGCAUCCAGCGGAAGCGCCCGUCGGAGGUGCAGAGCGCUCUGCUGAGGAGGCACCUCCUGGAGCUCACCCAGAGCUUCAUCAUCCCCCUGGAGCAUUACAUGGCCAGCCUGAUGCCUCUGCAGAGGGCCAUCACUCCGUGGAAGAACCCGCCCCAGAUCCGCCCGUUCUGCCAGGAGGAUUUCAUGAAGAGCCUGGAGCACGCGGGCCCCCAGCUCACCUGUGUGCUCAAGGGGGACUGGCUGGGGCUCUACAGGAGAUUCUUCAAGUCGCCCAAUUUCGACGGUUGGUUCCGGCAGCGGCACCGGGAGAUGACCCAGAAGCUCGAGGCCCUGCACCUGGAGGCCAUCUGUGAGGCGGACAUCGUGGCCUGGAUGAAGGACAAGUCUGAGGUGGAGAUCGUGGACCUGGUGCUGAAGCUUCGGGAGAAGCUGGUGAGGGCCCGGUGCCAGCACCUGCCCGUCAAGGAGGAGACCCUGCAGAGGGUGAGUCUCUACAUCGACACCAUCAUCGGCUCCCUGCCCGAGGACCUGCAGGCCGUGCUGCACCACCCCUGAGCCUGGCAGGGCUCCUGGAGCGGGAGAACCUUCCCGGCCGCUCCCAGCCCGCCGGGGCAGCUGCGGCGGCGUUCGGAGAGGAGCUCCUGCCCCGAUCCAGCCGGGAUCGCACCUGGGGCCGCUUGGAGCGCGCGGGGCGGAGCCGGGCGCUGCUCCCGGAGCUGGGCCGGGGCUGGCCCCGGGAGUUGUCCCCUGGUGGCCGCCAGCAGGGCAGGAGUGACCCCAGGGCUCCGGGCGUGCGGGGCCCGCUCGGACACUUCAACCACGCUUGGAUCCUCGGCAUUCCCACGGCCCCAUCCCGCCCGGGAGAAGCAGGAGUAACCCUGGGGGGGCUGUGCUCAGGACAGCUCCCGAGGAGGAUGAGGAGGUGACAACAUCGUCCCUGUCCCUGGACAGCCGGUGGGAGCGGGAGGAGGAAUUGCUGGACAUGGAAUGCUGCUCUGUUUCUCCAGGGCAGAGCCAGAGGAGGGGCUGGAGCAUCCGCAGGGAUCAGAGCUCCCGGAGUGCCUGGGAACGGCUGCUGGGAGGAGCUGGCCCCCAAUCCCAUUUAUCCUGCUUGGAAACCCAGCCCGAGCUCCAGGGGCACAGCGGGGCCGGGGCUGUGCCCGAGGCACUGCGAGAGCUCCUGGCAGCCCCUUCCCAAUAAAACCCGGAGAAGCUGAUCCCCGCAGCCUGUGCCGAGCAGGAACGGGCCCUGCUGCUCUGCCCCUGCUCCAGAGGCGGCUCCUGUGCCUGGGACCCCCUUCCUGCCUCGGGAAUGGAUCCGCUGGGACCAGGGCAUUGCUGCUCGCAGACUGCACUGCACCACCCGGGGGUCCACCCAGGGACGGAAUUUUAGCCUAAAAAAAGGGUUUGGGAGGGAUGCAGGAGCCUGGAGGGGUCGAACCCAGCACCUCUGCACGGGGCAGGAUUGUGGGAUUGCUCCUGCCCUGAGCUGGAGCAGCUCCCAGUGCUCCCAGUGGAAGCUGCGCCGUUUCCAUCACUCCCUGCCCAUUCUCGGGGCUGGGAAGGGGAUGGGGGGCUCAGAGGGGGCUGAACUCUUCCCAAAUUUCCCCUCUGGAGCCAGGCAGGAACAGCAGGAGGCCGCUGGGUCUCCCAGCCUCGCUGGAGUAAGGAAUUCUGUGCAAUAUCCUUAGGGAUGGUGUAAAUCCUGUACGUGUUCCGUGUGUGUCCGUGCAGGCCCCAAACCCUCCUGCACAGUAGGAAAUCUUAGCUUAAAAAAAACCCCUGGAGCCAAA